AUCUCUUCCUCUGCUUUGACGUUCCUCCUUUCGCCUUAGUUCUCAAAAGCUAGCAGGUUCAUUCCCAUUUCUGAAACUAAAAAAUGUCCGCGAACUUGGACAGUUCGGACGAAAAGAUGGAGCUGAAAAACGAUCCGGAGAAGCGCCAGCAUGUGCCGUACAUCCUGAACGGAGAACUAUAUCGCAUCGAGAACCAGGUGGGCGACAAUGUUACGGUCAAGUGCUGCUACUGUCCGCCGGAUCGGAUUUAUCGCGGCAGUGUCCGCUCCACCGGGAAUUUCCACAUGCACAUCAAGAGACGUCAUAGUUCGUUGCUGGGCAAACUUUAUGAAAUGAAGGUGGCUGCCCUGGCGGAACGCCGUGAUCGGAUCAUGAAUAACCGACGCUUUAAUAAGCCGCGCAAGAAGACACCGGUCCCAGUUGCAACCGCAACUACAGCUGCGCAUAGCGAUUCCGGAGUGUUUGUUGAUUUGCAAGCUUCUUCUCCGGCGGGAAACGAAAGCCACGAGCUGAAGAUCAAAACGGUGUUCCAGCGCCACAAGCAAGAGCAGGAGGGAGCCACCCGCAAGUCCGGAGAUUCCACUUCAGAUAACGGCGUCAAAGCGAAUCUACCAAAUAUCCCCAAGAACCUAGGAGUUGUCGUUCAAAACGUAUCAAACAUCUCGCUGGAAACACUGCCCUCUGGUUCGACUCCUGCCAGUGUCUCCCUUCUGGGUCGUCCCGUCAAGCCUGAGCAAGGUAGUGGUUCCCUAUUCCUGUCUGAUCAGCCGGUUGCCAUUGAUUUGAGCCAGAUUCCACCAGUGCAGGGCGAGAGUAAAUCUAGUGGAUCGCUGGCUUCAUCGAUGGAGGACGUGUCCAUGGAGUACUCACGCUCUCAGACCCUCUCACAGUCGCUGUCCAUGGCCCACUUCCUGGAGCAGCCUCAGCGGGACGUGCUGCAGCGCCUGGAGCGCUCAAUGGCCCAAAUAAGCCAGGAGUUGCACUGCCGCAACCGCAUCGAGCACAACCGAAUGCUGUUGGAGGCGGCCAAGUUCAAGUAUCUGAAUCCGAAUUUUCAGUUUGAGCCUAACCUCUAAGUGGGUCAUUGAAAAAGUCAGCUAGAAUGCGUUCCAGAUUCUGAAUGCAAACCAAAUGCUAAAACGUUUAAAAACAACCAAUCCACUGAUAAAUGACUAAGCAGUACUAAAUAUAUUUGUAAACUUAA